AUGGCCGCAACAUCAGCAACCAGUUUUUCUGUCGGAUCGACUGCAUCUGCUGGGCCCAAAGUUGGCUUCACGCAGUCAAAGGCCUUUAGCGUGAAGUUGAACCCAAAGAAGUACCUAACGAGCUUCAGUGGCCUCAAGGCAGCAAACUCCGUGAGCUGUGAAUCACAAUCGUCGUUCUUAGGCAGUGAAAGCACUCUAGCUCUUAAGCAGGGUUAUAAUUCGAAGGCCCGGAAAUGCGGUGAGAGGUCGUACUGUCAUGUUCAGCCACAAGCAUCUUAUAAAGUGGCUAUUCUCGGAGCUUCUGGUGGUAUAGGCCAGCCACUAGCCCUUCUGAUCAAGAUGUCGCCGCUAGUUUCUGCAUUGAACCUUUAUGAUAUAGCGAAUGUGAAGGGAGUUGCUGCUGAUCUCAGCCACUGCAACACCCCGUCUCAGGUUUCAGAUUUCACGGGAGAAUCUGAAUUGGCCGCUUGUUUGAGAGACGCGGAUGUUGUGGUGAUCCCUGCUGGUGUUCCGAGGAAGCCGGGCAUGACUCGUGACGACCUCUUCAACAUCAACGCCAACAUAGUGAAGAACUUGGUCGGGGCUGUUGCUGACAAUUGCCCCGACGCCUUCAUCCACAUCAUCAGCAAUCCGGUCAACUCCACGGUCCCGAUCGCUGCCGAGGUUUUGAAACAGAAAGGAGUUUACGAUCCGAAGAAGCUCUUCGGUGUCACCACUCUCGAUGUUGUUAGAGCAAACACGUUUGUCGCCCAGAAGAAGAACCUGAAGCUCAUUGAUGUCGACGUCCCAGUUGUCGGGGGACAUGCGGGGAUUACUAUUUUGCCCCUGCUGUCGAAGGCGAAGCCAUCUGUCACUCUAACCGACGAGGAAGUGCAAGAACUAACUGUGAGGAUCCAAAACGCCGGGACUGAGGUUGUCGAGGCAAAAGCAGGGGCGGGCUCCGCCACUCUUUCUAUGGCGUAUGCUGCGGCUCGAUUCGUCGAGUCUUCCCUCCGCGCUCUCGAUGGGGACACCGAUGUCUAUGAAUGCUCUUACAUCCAGUCCGAGGUGACCGAACUUCCGUUCUUCGCCUCGAGGAUCAAGCUUGGGAAGGACGGGGUUGAGGCAGUGAUAACAUCCGAGCUUCAUGGGCUAACCGAGUACGAGCAGAAGGCGUUGGAAGCUCUCAAGGCGGAGCUGAAGGCGAGCAUCGAGAAAGGCGUGGCUUUUGUUCAGAAGCAGCCGGUGACCGCAUGAAAGUCUUGGUAGAGCUCAACCGGCGGCAUCUUUUGAGGUAAAAUAAAACUAGUGCGGCGAUUGCAUACCGAUUGAUGCAUCAGAUUCCAGUUUUGUAGGUAACUAAUCAAACCAGUCGUCACGUCCUUACAUAGAAAUUGAGUUAUGUAGUGUUUUAGAAGUUGUGGGAUUUCUGUGUUUCUUCAAAUUUGGUAAUAACAUUGCAGAAACAGUGUUGCUGCGCUGUUCAAAGCUUAUGCUUUCUCAUCUA